UGAAAAACAAGACCGUGUGCUUGUUCUCUCUUGAGCUAAGGUCUUUGACGACUUGCACUAGAAAUUAAUAAAACUAAACAAAAAUGGCAUCCAACGCUGAAUUAGCUUGCGUCUACUCUGCCCUCGUCUUGGCCGACGACGAUAUCGCCGUAACUGGUGAAAAAAUCCAAACCAUUCUCAAAGCAGCCAACGUCGACGUAGAACCCUACUGGCCAGGACUUUUCGCUAAAGCCCUGGAAGGUGUCAACAUCCGUGACUUGAUCACCACCAUCGGGUCCGGCGCUGGUGCCGCUCCUUCUGCUGCUCCGGCUGCAGGUGCCGCCCCAGCCGCGGCUGCCGCAGUGGAAGAAAAGAAGAAGGAAGAGUCCGAAGAAGAAUCAGACGAUGAUAUGGGUCUUAGUUUCUUCGACUAAGAAGUUUUAUGAGUUGUAUUUUUAUAGAAAUAAAAAUGUGACUUUUUUUUUGUAAUUGAACA